AGACAAGGGACACUUUCUCCUCUAUGGCACCUGAUCCUUCUCUAAUGUUUUUGGAGGUCCAUGUCUGCUCUACUCCCGAUUCAUAUUGCUGCUAUUAUGGAACAAAGUGUGGACGUGGACGAGAUCUGGCGAGCCUUACGGCCCUGGGGUCGCUAUCAGGUCAGACAACUGUGUUUUAUGUGGGCUGCUAUGAUUCCCUGCUCCUUCCAUCUUCUUUCGAUUGUUUUCAUAGGAUAUCGACCAGAUUUCCGGUGUGCCACUACAUCACCUCCAGAUAAUAAAACUUGGAACGCCUCGGCAUUUUACGCAACAUAUGAUAAAUGUUCAGUGACGUUGUCCUCAAACCUGACAAAUUCUUCAAGUACGACGUCUUCUUGUCCCAAUGGUUACAGCUAUAAUGAAUACAAUGACAUAUCGUUUGUAACUGAGUGGGAUCUAGUUUGUGAUGAGUCAACAAAGUUGGACAUCUCGCAGGCCCUUUUGCUCCUAGGACAAGGUUUUGGCGGGCUUCUGUGCACUGGCCUCUCUGAUAAAUUCGGUAGAAAACGGGUCCACAUCAUAUCCCAUAUAUCGCUCCUCCUUCUGUGCAUUGCUACAGCUGUUAUUCCAUCGUAUACAGCACUUGCCGUUCUCAGAUUCCUCACAGGCGCCGCCAUUGAGGGCCUGUUGUUAUCAAGCGUGACGCAGUAUGUAGAGACACUUCCGGAGGAGUGGCGAUUCUGCGCAGAAGUGAUGGGGUUGGUCUGGUGGACCACUGGAAUCGUUCUGUUAACGCCUUUGGCUUACCUUAUGUAUGGGUUUUCUUGGAGAUACCUACAGCUUCUGCUGGCCUUACUUUCUCUCUACAGCCUCGUAGAAUAUUGGCUUUUUGAUGAAUCUCUAAGAUGGCUAAUGGCAAAUGGUCAUUUGGAAGAAGCAGAAAAAGUAGUACGAAAGGCUGCUAAAAUGAACAAAAAGAAUUUUGACAAAGUCAUUAGUGAAGCCAAAGCAAAAACAAUAGAAUUAGAAAAUCUGAGUGGCAGCAAAAAGGAAAUAGAAAAGGUAUCGGCGGACCCAGAAGUUCUUAUUGAAACUUACAAUCCAAGAAAUACAGAGGUGAAGAAAUAUGGCAUGUUUGCUAUUCUUAAAGACCGAGUGAUUCUCAUCAAUUCUGCCAUUAUUUGGCUUACUUGGUUGACGAAUAUCUUGACUUACUACGGAUUGAAUCUUAUAUCAACCACUCUAUACGGAAACCGCUUUGUCAUUUUCUUCUUUCUUGGGGCCAUAGAAUAUCUGUCGGCUUUGGCCGAAUUUAUUCUUUUAAACAGAAUUGGUCGCAGAAGAACACUCUUUCUUCUUCUCGCGACAUCCGGGGUUUCUCUUCUGGUAGCUACACUGCUAUCGAUGUUCAGAGGUGAUAGUGAAGCAUUAGGUCACCUGUCCACAUUUUUGGUUUUGGUAGGAAAGUUUGGUAUAACAGGCUCGUUUAGUUCCACAUUCUUAUAUACAUCCGAAAUAUAUCCCACUAAUCUAAGAAAUGCUGGAUAUGGUUACGCGUCCAUUUUUGCCAGAAUCGGUGGAAUAUUAGCGCCAUUUUCUGUGUCUUUACACUCCUACGUGGCGUGGGGUCCUGGUGUGGUAUUCAGUGUUAUGUGCUUCCUCUCCGCCAUUUUGAUUCUCAUGCUACCGGAAACACGUGGACGUGAACUUCCUACGACAAUAGAGGAACUAAAAACAUGGUACAAGGCUAAUAGCGGAAUACGUAGAUGUGGUACAACGUCCAGCGAAAGCCUAUGAGAAAUCAAAUGGAAAUCAGUGGUUUAUUUGUACAUUG